AUGGUUUACUGUCUGUGACAGUCGCACAUAAUGGCGGAGGUUGUGUUUUUUGAAUAUCACUGAAUUCAAUCCGGUAAUGUUUUUUAUAAAUGUUUAAAUCCGCUCGUAUACGUUACUUUGAUUACUUAAACUUUGUUUUACUUCGUUAUUGACUUUAAAAAACUGGAAUAGUGAGGAUUUUAUUGAGGAUGGAGUGUGUGUACGUUGUGGUAUCGAUAGACUUAUUGAAUUAGUGUCUGGGCGAGGAGUCGGUUGCCGGUGUCGUAGCCGAGAAGGUGGCGGCGGUGAGAGCACAAGAUGGGGGCUCAGCAGGCGAAGGAGCGCGGCACGGCGAGCGGCGCGUCCAUGCGCUCGGCAAGGAACAAGCCGCGGGUGCCCAAAGACCCUCGCAUGCUCGGCUCGAACAUAUUCACUGAACACAGCGAGGCCCUCUUGCAGAGUCGGCCGCUGCCCCACAUCCCGGAUUUGCCAGACGGCGAAGGUGCUUCCGCCGCGCCUGCCACUCCGCAGCCGCUCGAUAGCGCUAACAGAUGGACUUCAAAAGAAAACUUACUAGCGCACCACGAAGAAGAUGACCCUCAACUUUUCGUUGCUCUCUACGACUUUCAAGCGGGCGGCGAAAACCAACUUAGCCUCAAAAAAGAGAUUGUUAUCGCAGGAGAGCAAGUGCGUAUAAUGAGCUACAAUAAAAGCGGCGAGUGGUGCGAGGCGCACACACUUUCCGGCGGCGUUGGAUGGGUGCCAAGCAACUACGUAACCCCGGUUAACUCCCUGGAAAAACAUUCGUGGUACCAUGGGCCUAUAUCGCGCAAUGCCGCUGAAUACCUGCUCUCCUCAGGGAUCAAUGGCAGCUUCCUCGUACGUGAGUCCGAGUCUAGUCCUGGCCAAAGAAGUAUAUCAUUGCGAUACGAAGGUCGCGUCUACCAUUACCGCAUUAAUGAGGACUCCGACGGCAAGGUGUACGUCACAUCGGAGUCCAAGUUCGGUACACUGGCGGAGUUAGUACACCACCAUUCAGUGCUGGGCGACGGGCUGAUUACGCAGCUCCUUUACCCGGCACCGAAGCGAAACAAGCCCACCGUGUUCCCGCUCGCACCUCCCGACGAAUGGGAGAUCGAUCGCACUGACAUCGUGAUGAAACAUAAGCUUGGUGGUGGCCAGUACGGGGACGUGUAUGAAGCUGCUUGGAAGAGGUGUAACAUGACGGUGGCGGUGAAAACUCUCAAAGACGACACAAUGGCACUAAAAGAUUUCCUCGAGGAGGCGGCCAUUAUGAAGGAGAUGCGUCACCCUAACCUAGUGCAACUGCUAGGGGUGUGCACCCGCGAGCCUCCAUUCUACAUCAUCACCGAGUUCAUGAGUCGUGGCAACCUGCUGGACUAUUUGAGGACUGGCAACCGCGAGCACAUUGACGCGGUCGUUCUUAUGUACAUGGCCACGCAAAUUGCAUCGGGCAUGAGCUAUUUGGAGAGCCGCUCCUUUAUUCAUAGAGAUCUCGCCGCUCGGAACUGCUUAGUUGGCGAAAACCAUCUUGUCAAAGUGGCCGAUUUCGGCUUAGCUCGGCUCAUGCGCGAUGAUACAUACACAGCGCACGCCGGUGCUAAAUUCCCCAUCAAAUGGACCGCACCUGAGGGCCUCGCGUACAACACAUUCAGCACCAAGUCCGAUGUGUGGGCCUUCGGUAUCCUGCUUUGGGAGAUCGCCACGUACGGCAUGUCGCCAUACCCUGGUGUUGAUCUGGCUGACGUAUACCACAAGCUCGAAAAGGGGUAUCGUAUGGAAUGUCCGCCCGGUUGCCCGGCCGCAGUGUACGAGUUGAUGCGCGGGUGCUGGCAAUGGAGCCCGUCAGAUCGGCCUUCCUUCCGCGAAAUACAUCACGCCCUCGAGCAUAUGUUUCAGGACAACUCUAUCACUGAAGAGGUAGAAAAGCAACUCCAGGAGGGCGUGUGCGGCACGCCGCAGAUGCCGCUCAAGAAGGGCGGGAACGCGUCCGCGGCGCUGGCGGCCGACCGCGGCGUGCAGAUGCGCAGGCCCACCAACCGCCGCGGGAAACAAGCACCCACCCCACCCAAGCGGACUAGCUUAUUGUCUUCGUGCAGCUCGUUCCGCGAAUCACAAUACGCUGCGGAGGAGCAAAGCGGUCACGACGAUGGGCUCGCUUCGCUCAAUGGCGGGGGCCGGGGGGGUGGUCGCGAGGCUUCUUCCGAGGGUUCGCUGGCCGAAGCGACACCGGACACGGACGAGUCGGGAGCAGGGAUGGGCGUCAUGGAACACCGACAUCGCUCCAAGCGACGCCAUCACGGCCACGGGCAAGCUUCGCACCAGCACCCGCCUGCACACGAUAUUGCACCUAAGCAAGGCACUCAAGUCGCGGCGCUCGAGGUGCAAAAUGUCAAACGCGCUAUAAACAGAUACGGGACUUUACCCAAAGUCGCCCGGAUUGGCGCUUACCUGGAAUCGCUCCGCCAGAGCGGCGGGGCUGGUAGCAAUCCUCAGUGCACCAGCGUCCACCGAGAGCCUCCGCAAGACGAGGCACGAUCCUUGUCCCCGAGGACGGCUCGAGCUCAACCGCACAUGAUUCGCUCCAACUCAUCCGGCGGCGUGACGGCCCCCGCUCCUGCCUCUCCCCGCGCCUCUCGAGCCGCUCCCCCCCUGCGCUCCUUCACCAACAGCCCCGCUAAGCCGAGACCCAGGCUGGCGGAGCUCGAGUUCCCCCCUCCGCCUCCCGACCUUCCGCCGCCGCCGGAAGACACCGCGCAACCUCCCCCGCCGCCGCCGCCCCCGGACUGUUGUCGCGACGCCGGCACGGACACCGCGGACAGGCUCGAUGACGGCCCCGUGGUCAUGCGCGAACGUUCCGAGAUGGAGGAGAAGCCGGCCAAACAGAUCAUGAAAGAGAUGCUUGAACUAAAACUGGUGGCUGAAAUCAAGGAGCGAGCUGACAAAAAGAAACACAGGCUAAAAGAUUCACCACCACCCAACGAUGUCCUCGAGAUGCACACGUCCUUCGGGGACCCUGUUACGCGGCUCGUGUCCGAACUGUCGGAGAGCCUUAACAUGGAAGCCCUGCGCAAGUCUGAUAAGAAGGUGGAGAUGCCUAAACCGAUCGACAACGGCAAAGAGUCUAUUUCGCCGAUCGAUCUUAAAGCUAGCCUCAGGAAAACUUCUUAUGGCAACAGUGUAGAUAAAAAGUCAGAGCCCGAAGCGAAAGCGAACACGAAUUAUAAAUCCCAGCUCAAGAAAGUCGAUACAAAUAAAAUCAAUAGCAGCACUAAAGAGGCAGAGGAGCCCGGGCGCUCCAUUAUUGAUUUCAAAUCUCGUCUACGAAAAGUUGAGGGCGGUACUUCAGCGACAAACGGAACUGCGAAGAAAAUGGAACAAAGUUCCCCAGAGGAUUCGAGGAAAGACUUGUCGAGCAAGAGCGACGAUUCAGAUAAGAAACGUUCCGACAGCGGAACACAGGACUUCAGUGGUGGCGACGAAGAAGACAAGAGGCGAAGUACGGGCAGUAUUAGCAGUUUAAAGAAACUCUGGGAGAGUAAAGAAACUGAUGAGCGACUGAGUCCUAAGAUGCGACCGAGGGGAGAAGAGAGCGAGGAGGGAUCGCCGGAGGAGAAAAGUAGCGGCGCCCUCGGAAGGAGCGGUAGCAUUCAGACUCGCCGCGGAGAGGACAAGCCCGCAGUCGCCAGCAAGCCGGCGAUGCGCGGGCGGCCCCUCGGCAAGAGUGGCAUAUACGCUACUCCCCUCGCACCGCCCAGCUCCUCGGACGACGACGGCGACGCGCUUGCCCCUCUACGGGCCUCCUUGGAGUGGUGUACGAAUGAGGUUCGGCGGGGUUGCGGAAGCGGUGGCGGACGCGGGUCGCUGUGGCGGCUGCAGACGUCCGAGCGACUGGCGCGGCUGGGCGGCGCGUGCGCGACCGCGGCCGCCGCCAGCCGUUGCGCGCCGCAGCUGCGCGUGCAGCUGCGUGCGGCCGCCGCGCGACUCGAGGCCGAGGCGCGCGCGCUCGCGUCCCCUGCGCCGCACCAUCACCACCUGGCGGACGGCGUGGAGCAGGCGCUGCGGGAUCUCGCUACCAUCGUGCAUAGGUAAAAAGGGUUCCAAAACUACAGGCCUUAUUCAUUGUCUCCCGAACAAGAAACCUAAGCCCCGUUCAGCUGGUCUCUGGAGCAUACUUAGAGACCAAUGUACAAAGGACCAUCUUAUUAACUCUUGCUUUACUUGACUCUAUAAGCGUUUCCACUUUUUAGAUAAAAAGUCAAAGUUCCAUGAUGUCUACAUCGGAUUAUGUAAAUUAGCGAUGGGUGAUUCAUUCGAAUGACAAUAAUUGAACUAUUCGAUUGUUUGUAUUAGAUAACAAUCGAAUAACAACUGUACAAUCGAAAAAUAAUCGAUUGAUUUCAAUUGUUCAAUUAUUACAUAGCGCGCGUUUGGGACGAACUAAUCGAAAGUCGAAUGCAAUUGCGCAAUUGAUUGAUAUUUUCUAUUUAUUCGUUCCAGAUCGUGCGGUUCCCUUUCAUAGCCUGAAUCAUCGAAACAUUUAACAAUCGACUGUAAUUUUAAUGCAUUGUUCUUCGUGAAGACGAAUAAUUCGACAGUCGAUUGUUCAAUGUUCGAUUCCUUCGAUUUUUUGCAACAAUCGCCCAUCGCUAAUGUGAAUGCGCUAUUACUAAAAUUAUUCGAGCAUAUAUCGAAUUGUCCUCAAAGAUUUUUGCCCUCACUCAUUCCACUCAACAUGUAUGUCAUCGUGAUUUUCCAUUAAUAUAUUUAAAAAGACAACUUCCGUUCAUUCCUCCCAGAGUAACUCGGUACUUGUUUAUAAUCUAAGAGCUGUAACGAUUCUGUACAAAGUAUCUAUAUAUGGAUGCAUAUAUUGUAGUACAAUACGAACAAACUAAAAUAUAUUGACAAUCUGGCAAAACUAUCACCAUAAUAUUUUUUACUUGACGCUAUUAUGCAUUUUACCAACAAUAUAGCAAUUCUAAAAUAUUUACAAAUGUAGAUCGCCAAAUUGUUUAUACAUAUAGUUGAUAGGUUUAUUUAAUAAGCCUUACAAAUAAAAUUUUACACACUGCUUAUAAUUUUCUAUCAUACAUUUGACUUGUAUUAGCGAUGAUUAAGCAAUGCGUAUUUUUUUAUAGUUAGAGCCAAUAUGUGUACUAUAAGAUAUAAAACCUUUAAGCAAAGCAUUAAGCAGCUCUUAGUAUACUAUAGUUUAUUUGUUAACGCAAAUAAAAAACCAAAGACGAUCCCAGUUCCAUUGAAUAUAAUAUGCUGCCGAGAUUUGUUACAUGGUAUUAUUAUACCAUCAGAUACUCAUGAUUUAGUUAUUUAGAUAAUGUACGUGUUCUGACUUGUAUAAUAUUUAUUGAUUGUAUUAGUACAAAAUAACGAUUGCUGUCACAAACGAGAUACAAUUAGUACAAUAUGAAGCGUGAAACAGAGUAUGGGACGCGACUUAUAAGUGUGCACUAUCGCGUCAGUAUAAGUGCCUGGAACACGGCUUGCGAUAUCUCUCGUACGUCCACACACGUCCGAGCCUCAAGCUUACGUCCAAGAUUUAUAUCUGACAGUUUGCAUAGUUCAGUGUACUAUGCUUUGUCCAGAUACCUAUAAGCCGCGUCCGAUAAUUAAUUUGUUUCAGGCCCCGGGAAGAAAAUACUGUUUAAUGUAGAUGCUAAUGUAUUAUGAUAAAGUAUUUUAAAUU